AUCAACAAGAAACGCCGACGUGCUGCUCCUUCGUACGGCGUGGCAACACCCUCCGAGGUGUUUCACCGAAAUCUCGUUGAUGCAGUUUCCAACGUCGAAGAUUCCGAUGAUAACGAAUGCUAUGUCUAUCCUUACAGCAGUAGUACCAAUACAGAAGCUCCAUCGUUUUACUAUGAUCAGAUCCAUCGGACUCCUUCUUCCUCCCUGUAUCGCCCGCAAUCCUUGCGAUCGCAUCCAUUGACACCAUCUCACGAGGGUUCAUCACGACCGCAUAUCACCGGGUUUCUCACCGACUUUUUCCGUCCGGCUCUGAUGAUGAGUUCGACCUCCAAAGGCCAUGAUGACGAACACGAUGAAAAUGAGUGCAACGAAAAUUAUCGUCCAAAACUACGAACCUAUGUCAUGGAUCAUCCACAACGCAGUAAAAAUAGCGAUCCUAGUCACGCAUCUUUUCGUCAUGGAUCCAAGGAAAUGGAACGAUGUUACGAUGGAAAACCAAGGCGGAACCCCUAUAUGGGCUAUACCGAUGGAUACACCAGCGAUGAUGAAGGGGCCCCACUGUUGAGAGCCAGUCGAACAGGUUCACGGUAUCGAAGUACAUGUUCACGUGUGUUUAGGAACCUCUCAUUGAGCGCAUUGGCCAUUUGCAUGUUGCUUUUCGUCAUCGUAGCUUAUCGUGCGAAACCGUUGAUGGAUGUGUCGGUCGAAGUGGGUCGCGUAUUGGCGUCUGAUAAAGAAUUAAUCUUUGAUUUGCGCGUGAAAGCAAGUAAUUGGAAUUGGUGGACUCUUCGUGUGGCGGAUGCCGAUAUCAGCGUGUUUGCUUUCAGUCAAGUCGUUCCGCUUGAAGAUACCUUCAACACCACGCGGGUUGAUCCGGCCGAGUAUUUGGGCGGAUGCGUUCAUUUUGACGAACCAUUGUCCUUUGCUUCCUCGGUAUUUCACUCUCGCAUCGUGUCAGCUACCACCCAAAUUCGUAUCAAAUCACCUGGGGCCGAUAAAAGUGGCAAUGAACGAUGGUCACGCAUCAUAAGAUAUCCGUAUGGACUACUUGCACGAGGCGUGCUACGGUACCGAUCCUUGCCCGUGGUUGGCUUGUAUCCGCAGACGGUCGCCAUCUGUGAUGUGGCAAAUGUCGAGCCAAACACGGGACGCGUUUCGGAAGAUCCUGAUCAAGCUUAUUGCUUAAAUUAUCGCUAA